CUAUAUAUAGGAGAGAUGAAGCCAGUAGAGAUCAGAUUCUCUCUACACAGACCUCUACAGCACAGAGAUCCAGCCAUGGUACCUACAAUCACUUCAGCUAUGAUCUACUCUAAGGAGCACCUGACUCUGACAAACAAGCUAAGAAAGCCAGUGGUGGAGAAGUUACGCAGAGAUCGUAUCAACAACAGCAUUGAGCAGCUCAAGUCUCUCCUGGUUCCAGAGAUCCUCAACCAGCAGCCCGACUCCAAGCUGGACAAAGCCGACAUCCUGGAGAUGACAGUUUGCAUCCUGAGACAACAGCAACAGAACCAGUCAGUGAGCUCCUCCUUCUGCUCAGCACCUGUCAAUCAGGGUUACUCCAGGUGUGUCCAAGAGAUUGUUCACUUCCUGUCUAAAGAUGAGCUGACGACACAGUCCCAGAGAAGACUGCUGAGCCACUUCCAGAGCCUGCAGCCAUCCUCUGAGAAGAACAGGAGGGAGAUUGACCGUCCUCAGCUGAGCUCCCCAGCCCAGCACAGCAUCAGCAAAGACAGGAGUCCAGUCAACAUCACCCUCUGGAGGCCCUGGUAGAGACCUACAGACUGGAGCUCCACUCAGACAAACACAAUGGAUGGACCAUAUUGGUCUAAGAUUAAUUUCCUGGACAGUAAUGAGUAUAAGAAAAUAUCUUCUUUAUUUUCUGUUUAUGCAGGAGUUUUUUAAAGUCUUGCUGUCAUUGAGACAUUUCAUUUCAGUUGUACUGAAGUUAAAACGUUUUACAAGAAAACAAUAUGAUCUUUUAAAAAUACAUUUUUGUAGUGUUAAUUGAAAUCAUUAUAACCUUUAUGUUUCGUGAAACGUGUUGCUUAUAUUGAUCAUGUUUUAUAUUCAUGAUUAACAAUAACUUUAAUGCUCCUCCAUGAGAACCUUUAACCCACAAUAGAUAUUAUAUAAUCAAUUGUUUGUGAUUACCUACUACUGAUCUGUUUAAAGGUCAAAAUGUAUAAGACAAAAACCUAUUGCCACUACAUUUGUGUAGUGAUAGAGUCAUAUUGACAUUGUAUUGAGCAUCUUCUGUGAAGCAUGUAUCAGUUAUAUAUUUGAUAUUGAUCAACUUUAGCUACAGCAUCAAUGUUCCUCCAAGAGGAUUAUUUACCCAAACUGGGUAUUAUACCUUUUAUCAUCACUCUGUGAUUAGCAGUGUUUGAUUUGUUACAAGAUCAACCAUUAUUUGUGAAAUUGUUGAUCAUGUUAUUUGAAUAAUAAUUGUAUUGCAAAUGGGAGAAAGAAAUGUCUAAUUGAAAAAACCCUGUUUAUUUUAAACAAUUCUGUUGUCUUUUAGGAAGACAGUAACUUUGUAUCCUAUACUCUGAUAGAGUAUCAUAUAUUGGAUAUUUGUUCAACUUCUUGCUGUGAUGUUAAAUCACUUUAUUUCUGUUGAAAUAUUUACCUGACAUUAAGGUAUUGAUGGUGUGACUCAUUCAGUCAGUCUGAAUAAAUACACUAAUCUUCAAAUGAAA